UACCCAAAUGAGUGUGCAUUUUGUGUUGCUAAAAGGCAAAGUGGAAAGAACAUUAAAAUAAAACACCGAGGUGAAUGCAAGAAAAAGGAUGAAUGCAGUAAAUACCCAGAGCCAUCCGAUGGAAAGCUUGUCGCUUGCACACUUGAGCAUGCUCCAGUCUGUGGCAGUGAUGGAGUGACGUACCCAAAUGAGUGUGCUUUUUGUGCUGCCAAAAGGGAAAAGGGAGGCAAAUUAACCAUCAUUCAUAAAGGGGAAUGUGAUCAAAAGACUAAAAAGCAGGGAGAAGCUGACUAAGGAAAGAAUAUUUUGAUAAAGAAGAAACCUGGAAGAGAGUUUCCAAGGACAAAUGAAGAAAGAUUUAGUCCCAAGCAGAAACAAAUGAUGUUAAUCAGAAGAC